AUGGGUGGAGUAAGACGGGCUAAUGUCAAAUAUAAGAGCGUGCCCUCACAACUUAGACUCAGAUACCGUGCAGAGCUCCAUCUACACACGCGAAGCCCUCCCUCCCGGGUUAUGCUGGAAGUUUAAUUGCAUUCACUUUGUCAACAUGGUGACUAAACCUUUGCUGUUAUUGGCUGCUCUUUGGACUUCGAUAGUAAAUGCAGAUUCCAUGGAGGAAACGAUUAAGAGGAAUCCACCCAGAAAUAUUUCGAUUACCCACAGAAGUCUUGGAGAGUACACCUUUUCAUGGGAAGGAAACUGCACGUGUACAGGGAACAUCAAAUACCAACUAGAUUACACCUACCUCGAUUCAAAAGACAGCAAGAUGAAAACGUACUAUGUGAAAGAAAAUAAAAAGGUGCUGGAUUUGGAAUUCCACCGAGGACUACAGGCUCGAGUGAGGCUUACAUGUGGAGACAAAGACAACAUAACUAGCAAUUGGACUGAGAGAACCUUUAAUCUGCCAGGUGAAUCAUUCGCUUCAGUUGACAACUUGACUUGCAUUUUCUAUGGUGAGCUGUACAUGAACUGCAGUUGGGAUGUUACUGAAGAUGCAUCGGAUGAUGCACAAUUCAUUUUGUCCUACAGGGAGCGAAACCCAUCUGAUGUGUACAACUGCGCAGAUUACCUGGAGGAUGGAGGGAGGAACAUUGGCUGUGUCAACGAAAAUAUUCGCAUUGAAGAUACCGACAAGAUUACCAUCUGUAUCAGUGAAGUGAACAAGAAGGACAAAUUGCCGUAUUGCAGAAUAGUGAAACCGACCAAUUUCUGUAAGGCAUUUUGUAUGGGGUUUUUUCUGGUGGAUCAUAAUUGAAAUAUCAGUAGAUGGAAAAGUAGCAGGUAGUGAUUGAUCGGGAGAAGAUUUGAGUUU